AUGGCAGAGCUUUUCGAACGGACCGCCCAUUACCGCGACGACAAGAACUACGAUCGUACUAUCGAAGGGCGUCGCAUCUUUGAUGAAGAGCGGCGUAAGCGAAUCUUCAACCCUUCACUUCGCACCAUGGGGGUGGACGUCGACGCCUUGGACCUGCAAACCGCAGAGCGACGUGCGCGCGAGGCUGCGGAGCUUAUGGAGCAAAUAGAUGCCGAAGAGCGUCUUCUCGCUGCCAAUCGGUUCCUCACCCAGCGGGAGCGUGAGUUUCAUCGCAUGAGGCUGCUUCGCGACCGUCAAAUUGCAGAGUUCAACUUUGAGAACAUCCGCCCAGAAUACAGCAGGGAGUAUGACAUUCACCGCAAGGACGUUCUCAAAGUGGACAAUCCCAUACGGCAGGACACAGUAGCACUGGAGCCCAGCACCAUGCUUCUCAACACCGACGGGACUGCUAAGAUGGUUACGCGAACUAUUCCAGACAGUAAGCUAGGCGUUUCCUCGGGACAAGUGUUCGACGGAGAAGAUCUCGAAAGAGCAGAGCGUGAACAGCUGAUGCGCGACGAGAUGCGCGCAGCACUAGAGCAGCAAAUCUAUCAGGCUAGAGCAAAGCGUGAGGCUGAAAAGCUGCAGGAUCUUGAAGACCAGCUUCGAGAGCUGAAGAUUUGUGAUUACCUGAGCCAGGUUGAGCGCGACUUCCACGCCACCAGACGCCAAGAAAGGAUCAAUCUGAAACAUGACCAGAUGCGCCAGGCAGAGCUGGAUGCCUACAAAAGAGCGGAGGAGAAGCGUCGGGACGAUUGCGAGACCUUGCAGCACCAUGCAAACUUUGGUAGCUCCAAGCUCAUGAUGGAGAUACCUUCUGCUGGUGUUCCCAUGGAGUACAAGGGCUGGAGCGACGAGGAUCGCGAGGAGCACAUGCGACAGCUCGCUCAACAAUGUUUGGAUGAUAAGAAGAAGCGCAGGGCCGAGCUGGAAGAGAAGAUUCUUUGGGAGACUAAGCAAUUGAACGUCAACAGAGACCUGACGCUGCGCGAUAACGAGCUCAAGAAGGAGAAGAGGCGCAUUGCUUACGAGCAAAGGGCACAGCUGGAGUACCUGUCUGAGGAAGAAAAAGCUCGAGAAAUAGCAAGGAUCCAGGAGCUGGGUAGAAACGAGAUCACUGAUGACUUCUUCAAGCACUUUCAAAAAACCUCCAGGUGA